GGUAGUCUUAGACAACGUUUGAAAUAUUUUAAAACUUAGAUGGCGGCAUAAGUCGAAAAAGUGAAAAUCAUAUGUAAAAAUGCUUCGUUUUCCUUAUUGGGUUAAAUUUGUUAACAGCAUAAGUAAAAUUUGUAAAAGUUGUUAAAUUCAAAUUGUUACACGUAUUCCAUUAGUGCUAAAUUUCUUGCGAUGUGGGAGAAUACUUUAUUAAUAAUUAAAGCGAAUUAUAUGCGCAAACGUAAAAUUCUUUUGAAAUAUUUAUUGCAGCGUGGCUUCCAAAUGCAAGGAUCGCGAAGUUUGUUAUUUUCUCCUGAACACGCUGCCGAAUUCUAUAAAGAUAGGACGGACGACACUGACUUUAUGGUUUUGGUGAUCUUAUUGUCUAAAGGCAUUUCGGAGGCUUUUGUGCUAGCUAAGGACAACGCUGUGCGGGAUUUGGGUGAUAUUAUGUGUUGUUACUUCGGUUCUUCCAGUGAAAUGGAACGUAUGAUUCAUGUUACAAUGUGUCCCCAUAAAGCUCAACGUGAAAUCAGAUACAUAUUUCCGAACUAUAUUCACGAUCCAAUUUAUUGCCCCGAACAUUUAAAAUGCUGUAACGACGAAUCUUUAAUGAGACCCAUGAUCAGUAAAUUAUAUGAUAUCAUAAAGGAAGAUGAUGGGAAAAGCUUUAAAGUAUCCUGGAAAACACAACUAACUGACGAACUAAUGUCAAAUCAUGAAACUGUAGGAACAAUUACAAAUAUCUCCUCUUACAAUCCAAAAGGCAUUGCUGAGACUACACAGACUAAGGAAACAUCUCUUAAAUGGGAAGACGAACGUCAUACAUUAUUAGAAACAUUAUCAGUCUCAUCCGGCUUAAGUGUUAGUACUUCGUCUUGUUUAUCUUGUUCGCCCUUUGGAGAUGACGAGAAAUAUGCGAAACAAUUUCAUCGCAAGACAUCGUUGGUUGAUUUGAUUAAAGCUAAGACAACCCCGUUGAAACUACCUAGCAGUAGCAGAAGUACUUCUUCAAUGAAACCAAUCCGUAGAAAAGUCCAACGCAAAGAAAGGAAAGUAACGGACGCUUCGCACUUUAGUUUGGACGUUGUAGAUGAAGAAUCCUUGUCGGACAAUGUGGAUGCAGAUAAUUAUGGAGAUGAACAUUACUCCCAAUUCGAUGCAGAGUCUGAAACCGGAGCACAGUCUGAAUUUAAGCGCAAAUUGAAAUCACAACCUCCUACUGAUUUGCAAGGUGGCACUAAGGCAAAAGCAAAGAGUGAAUUGGACGGGAAAGCUCAAUUUGAACCCAUGCAUAAAUCUGCGUCUGAAGCUCAAUCUGAACUUCGGCCCGAACCUCGAUCUGAGAUUCGGCUAGAAGGUAAGACUGAACUCGAGGAAGAAAUUCAAUCGGAACCUGAGCAUGUAUUAAGACCUGAACUAGAGUCUCAACCCCAGCUUGGAUUCCAACCGGAGACUGAGCUAGAAGCUGAGUCGGAACUAGUGGAGGAAGUUAAAUCGAUACCUAAGCAUAUAUCGCGGUCUGAACUACAGUCUCAAUCUCAGAUUGAAUUUCCACCACACUCCCCCCCGGAAGGUAACACUGAACUUGCAGAGGACAUUCAAUCGGAGUCGAAGCAUGCACUUGAGGGUGCUCCCAUCGAAUAUCAUCUGGACGAAGAAAUAACCGACGAAGAGUUCCAGUAGUUAAUUGAGAAAUAAUUU